GAGCACAACUCACUCUCAACCUCUGAUCCUUAAUCUUCCCCUACUGCGCUUCAGCUCAAGUCUCUCUUCUGUCAUGUAUAAUGUAACGACUUCAUUACCGUCGACAUCGCAUUGCUUGGACGACAUCGCACUCGCCGACGCACUGCCUGGACGGCGUCGCCACUCGCUAACGCACUGCCUGAACGGCGUCGCCACUCGCUGACGCACUGCCUGGACGGCGUUGCCACUCGCUGAUGCACCGCCAAGACGACAUCUCCACUGUCGAACGCUGCUUAGGACCUCAGGUCCUUGCGACUUCAACCUAACCUAAUGAUUGACGAACUGAAUAGGGAGGAGGUUGGGGGGUCCCAGGGGGAGGGAAUAUAAGAGCUCAAACUGCUCUCGGUGGGAAUUGAACUCCUGAUCCACAGAAUGCAGCCAAAAGGACAUAAUUGGUGGUCUUGUGUUUGCCGGUGCUCUUUGUUGUAAUGCUUAAUUGAAUGCAAAGCUACAACUUUUUUCAAGUAUUGACUCAUAUGAAGGUUGAGGCUAGAGCUUGCUACCUGUGCUUGUUGAUCGGGCGAUCAUCUCGGAGGGGAAGACUUGAAAUGGACGGUGGUGGUAAGGUUACGAGAAGGAACCCGACGGGCCGUGCACCGGUGGGGACCGGGCAGGGGAGCCGUGGGGCCUCUAGAGUGUCUAGAGGGGCGAGCCGUGGAGGCCGAUCGCACUCUGUGAGCGACGGCCAUGUUAACACCGAGGAUGAAACCUACUGGUCCUAUGAGGACUCGACUUACCAGCCGGAGACCGAGCCGGUUGAGACCCCUUACGAAGGGGAUGAUGAUGAUAUGAGUGAUGAAGAUGGGGAGAAUGACUCCCUAGCAAGAAUUGAGACGCUGCUCUAGCAAUACCAGCGGGAGCGCGAAGAGAGGAGGGAACGCCGAAGGCGCCGAGGGGGGCAAACUUCGGGUAGGACUUCAAGAGGAAGAAGCCAUGGUGACUCUAGGGCCCACAUUGAACCACGUGGGGGCCGGGGUGAUGGAGGUCCAAUCAUAAGGAUCUCAAAAUUUCUCAAGGAGGCGAGGGACUUGGGGUGCAAACCCUUCAAUGGAACGGGUGACAUCUCGGUCGCCGCGGAAUGGAUCAAGAGACUGAACGAAGCAGCCCUUGAUAUGCAACUCACCCCCGAGUUUAAACUCAGGGUGGCGGUGAGAUUGCUUGAAGGGAUGGCAUCCACAUGGUGGGACGGGGCCAAGGGCAAGUAUGGCAGGACCGUGACUUGGGAGAAUUUCCGACAGGAGUUCUUUGCCCAAUACUAUUCCGAUUUUGAGGUGAACGCUAAGAGGAGAGAGUAUACCCUCCUGACCCAGGGUGGCAAAAUGACGGUGAGGCAACUUGAACACAAAUUCAGGGAGCUGGCGGAGUUCAUACCGGAGUAUGUCUGUGAUGACGGCAACACAAUUGCCCAACAUGACCUUCAGUCAAGUAGUUGAGCAGGGGUUGAAAGGAGAGAAGGAAUGGGAAGAAAGAAAGAUGAAAAACAUGAUGCAUUGGUACAACUAAUUUGAUGUCACUGUAAGGUCUUUUUCUAUUAGUAUAUGUAUAUAUCACAAAAUAACAUGAUGCAUUGGUAUCACAAAAAUCCUUGUUACAUAUGUAUCACAGUUCGCUAUGAUGUUUAUAUGUCAUAAUUUUGUGACACAAAAGUGACUUGUUAACGGUGACACUAAAUUUUGCGUCACUAGCCCCGCUUUUCUGUGACACUUUCAGAGUGUCACUAAAUCUUUUAGUGACACUAAUUUAAUGUCACCAUAAGCCAUUUUUUUUACUAGUGUAAUUAGCACUGAAACUUUCCAGAAAGAUUUCAUCCACUAUUUCUUUGUAAAUAUAAU